AGUUUAUUGGAUAAAUUAUGGUCUUUUGCUGGUGCUAGGUCUAUUCGAGAAGCAGUGAUAGAUAAACAAAAGCCCCCCAAAAUCAAACCCAUUAUUUACAAAGUAAAUAAAAUAGGACAAAAUUAG